AUGCCUGACGCUCGCCCACUGGCCUCGCUGAGGGUAUGUUCGGUUCAUUAAUCACAUGAGCGUCUCCUCGGCUGAUUCUCUGCCAGUACGGUCAAUAUGAUGAACCUCCAGCGAGCUCCGAAUCGUCAACACCCCGCACACGCCGCAACCGCCUACAUCACGCCCUGAGAGCGACAGCAGACAUGGCUGCCAAUGAUCUGGCGGAGAUGGGCGCCCCGGCACACCCACCUGCCCCGAGGCGAUCUCUACUGGGCCCGCUGCAGCGGCGACGGCAACGAUCGCCAGGCUCAGAGCCCCGAGAACUUGGCAGCAGCGAAGAGACAAGGAGACGUAGGCCGAAACGUAGGAAGCUUGAUAACGACCUGUCUCCGCCUCCGAAGCAACCCAUCAAAUAUGGUCACUUUGGACAAGUGGAGCCAGGGAAAUUGAGACUCGAGAUCAUCAGCUGCGAUGGAGGCGAGCACAGAGAUCCUCGCUCUCCUAACACAUAUCUCGGUCCGCACAAUCUGCUAAGACACGAUAAGAGCGUAUACUGCUCCGAGAGACCCAGUAGCAGCAUCGUUCUGCGUCACGCGGACGAUACACCAUUCUGCCUGGAGAAACUACACAUUGUUGGUCCAGACAAUGGUUUUACUGCUCCGUACUUCUCUCUUUCUUGAUCCAUCCUGCUUACAUACUAACUUGCUACAGUGUUGCCGAGGGCCUCGUCUAUGUCUCAAUGUCACUCAACGAUCUAUCCAAGUAUAUGGACCCGCCGCCUCAUGCCCGGCUUGCGGGUGUACACAGCCCGCCUUACCGCACUCGUAGGAGCUUUAGGAACUCACCAGAGCGGAUAAGUCUCGCGGAUGCUCUGCGAGAUCCUGAGGUCAGCGCUGCACUUGAUGGAGGCCGAACGCGAGACUAUGCCAGCCGUGCUGACGCUGAGCAUGGUCUCUCCGAGGAGCCAUACUACGGCGAUGACUUCGGUUUCGGUCGCCACGAUGCCGAAGCUCAUUGUGACAUCCCUUCUUCUGCUGAUGCACCAGAUAUCGUCGUCGCGGCUGAAGAUGAACACACACCAGUAGCGCUACUCUCCGAUGAAGACCCAGGUCCCGAGGAGAGUACCGCUCAUGAUAUAAUCGAUUUUCGAUUUCAACGUAUGAUGGCGAUGCGGCAUCGCUUUGAAAUGGCGAAUUGGGACCGCGAAGAUCGCUUGGGUGGUGCCAGUAAUACCUAUGCUAACGAUAACGACCGCCAUCGAGACGGAUCGUGGGGUCUGCGUCACUUGGAUGCGAUGAUGGCUCGCUCAAGAAUGGCAGACUCUCCGCAACGAGACGACUCCGAUGAGCGGGAACGGAGCGAUCGACACGCCUAUAAUCCUGGACCCAGCUCGUACUAUCAUGCGACGAAUGACAAAGGUCCUGGGCUGGAGUAUUACGACGACGGGCUUAAUGAUCCCAACGUCACUCGCGCUCGCUUCCACAUUCGCCGCGAAAAGCACAAAGUGGCAAUCAAGUUUGACCCGCCUGUGUCGGGAAGAUUUAUUCUUCUGAAGUUGUGGGCCAACCGAAGCAAUGUCGAUGUGCAGAGCGUUAUCGCCAAGGGCUUCGGUGGAUCGAGGUUCUUUCCGGCGAUUGAAUUCAGGUGA